AUGCCGCCAAGCACAUUAAUUGUCGCAUCCGAUCGGGAUAACCUGGAAAAAUAUGCGCGUUUUGGUUUGCUGCUGAGUAAACACUCGUCGACCACUUCAUCGCUGCUCAAGCUGGACCGUGUCCUACACCCGUUGGUCACAAGCUCGGAUUACUUGAACCAGAACUACGAUUAUAUAAAUCUAUCGGAUAUAUCGACGAAGUCUAUAAAAGAUUCGACGUAUGAGAAUGUCUUCCUAGUUCCAAGUUCUUUGUUUUGCAACACCGGCGAGGAUGUGUCGCAUAUUUUGGAGAAAUUACAUGACAGUUUAAAGGCUAAUGGCACGUUGAACGUACUACUUCCGUUAACUCACACAAACGUAAGUUUCGACUGUCUAUGUCACACGGUGUCUAGGAGCUCCUAUUGA